AUGCGAGGUACAGUUAUAGUCAUACGAGAAACUAUAAAACACUUCGAGCUUGAAGAAUACUCAGAACUGCUCAUACAAGCCACAAGUGUUUGUGUUGAAAAUGGAAAUAAUGACCUCACGGUGACAGCUAUUUGUUAUCCAAUCCAAGGUGGUGCAGAUGAAACUAGAUUCACUUCAUUUUCUCAAACGCUAGGAGACAGGUUUAUUUCUAGUGGUGAUUACAAUGCCAAGCACUCUCACUGGGAUUCAAAACUGAUCACUUCAAAAGGACGUGCUCUGCUAAAAGUAGCUAACAGUAUAAACGCUGAUAUAAUUUCUAUUAGAAAGCCAACCGAUUCGAGGAAAAUCCCCGAUCUGCUUGACUUCUUCGUAAUUAAAGAUAUUUCCUUUAAUUAUGUUAAAGCUGAAGAACUAGUAGAGCUAAAGUCCGAUCACAAUCCUGUGUUAUUAUCGUUGAGUUCAAAUGUUGUUAUGCAAAAACGAAAACAUUUUCUAACAAACAAACAUACAGACUGA